UGAUAAAUUAAUAUUUGGCAAGCAUGGCCACUUUUGCAUAUUUGUAUUAUGUGAAUAAUGUUACUAUUAUUAUUAUUGCCAAAGGAUGUGAAGUGUAGGUACUCAGUAUUUAAGAUGUUGUUGUAACAAAUCAUGGUAGAUAAUAUGAGAGGGUCACAGUGGACCAUGUAGCUAGUUACUCCACCACGAUUCAUUAGUUAUGUGAGCUUCUUGGGUUGGAGGAUAUUUAAGGCAUUCACUGUUAUGCAGAUAACAAAAGAAAACAAGUUUGAACUUUGGUCACAUACUACAAUUUUUUUUAUGUUCCUUUAUCAUUUGCAUCAUUGGUAGGGAAAAGUGUCGGUUUGGCUACAAUUAGAGCUCUAUUGUACCAUAUAUCUGCUUGGGAAAGAAUAAGAAACUUGUCCAUAGUUAAAUUUUACAGGGCCAGCCAAUAGGGUAUACAAGAUGAGGAUCUUUUGGUUUCUAGUUUUCUCUGCACAUCUGGCAAUAGCAUCUUCACUUGUGGAAUUUGAAGAUAAUGAUUCAAGGCACACGCAAACCACCAUGCAGCUGAAUUUGUAUCAUGCUAGAGGUCUUGAGUCCUCUCUAACUUCCACAUCACCAUUUUUAUUCUCUGACAUGUUCACAAAAGAUGAGGAGCGUGUCAAGUCUCUUCAUUCCAGAUUAGCUAACAAGGAAGGUGUCAGCAAUUCAGGCACCACUACCUCUUCUGAUAAAGUGGGGGGACCAAAACUUGUGAGUACACCAUUGAAAUCUGGUUUGUCAAUUGGUUCAGGUAAUUACUAUGUGAAAAUAGGACUUGGGACCCCUGCUAAGUAUUUUACCAUGAUUGUAGACACUGGUAGCUCCCUCUCCUGGCUCCAAUGCCAACCUUGCAUUAUGUACUGCCAUGUGCAGGUUGACCCUUUAUUCAGUCCUUCAACAUCUAAGACCUACAAAACCUUGCCAUGUUCAUCCCCUCAGUGUUCCUCUCUCAAGAGUUCUACACUAAAUGCUCCAAGUUGCUCAAAUGCAACUGGUGCUUGUGUAUACAAAGCAAGCUACGGUGACACUUCUUUCUCAAUCGGUUAUUUGAGUCAAGAUGUGCUAACCUUAACUCCAUCAGAAGCACCAUCAAGUUUUGUAUAUGGUUGUGGACAGGACAAUCAAGGAUUGUUUGGAAGAGCUGCAGGUAUUUUGGGUCUAGCCAAUGACAAGCUCUCCAUGUUCUCACAAUUGUCCAACAAAUAUGGCUAUGCUUUCUCCUAUUGUCUUCCCACAUCUUUUUCAGCACCUAACUCUUCCAGGGAAGGUUUCUUAUCCAUUGGAAGCUCAUCAUUGACACAAUCAUCAUCAUACAAGUUCACUCCCUUGUUGAAGAAUCCAAAACUUCCUAGCUUAUAUUUUCUAGAUUUGACAACUAUUACUGUGGCAGGUAAGCCACUAGGAGUGGCUUCCUCAAGUUACAAUGUGCCUACCAUAAUAGACUCUGGCACAGUAAUCACAAGGCUACCUUUGGCUGUUUAUACAGCACUGAAAAAAGCAUUUGUGACGAUCAUGUCCAAAAAGUAUUCACAGGCCGAAGGACUCUCCAUCUUGGAUACUUGUUUUAAGGGUAGUGUCAAAGAUAUGUCAACAGUGCCUGAGAUUCAGAUGAUAUUUCGUGGAGGUGCUGGCCUUCCUCUUAAGGUUCAUAACACCCUUAUAGAAAUUGAGAAGGGAGUUACUUGUUUGGCCAUAGCUGGUAGCCCUGCAGCUAACAACAUUGCCAUUAUUGGGAAUUAUCAACAACAAACAUUCAAGGUGGCUUAUGAUGUUGCCAAUUCUAAGGUUGGAUUUGCAGCUGGUGGCUGCCAGUGACACUAGUACUUGUUUCCUGACCAAAUCAUGUUGCAACUCAUAAAGCUAGUGCUGGAUACAAUUUAUCAAUUGUUGUUCACAAAAAUGCUACAAUAAAGAUCAAAGACCACUUGCAGGGGCAUAUGCUGUAUCUUAGUGUGCUAAUAAGAAAAAUGACCAAAAAGUUUCAAUUAGGUUGAGGGAAAUUUUACUUUGAAUGUCAAAAUACGCAUGGGGGGCAUGCUA